GAGAAUGAUUCUUUUUGUUUUUUGCUUUACACUCUUCAAAAUAUUCCCAGGGAAUUUGUUCUCUCCUUUCUCUAAGGAGUCACUCACACUAUAAGAUGCCAAACCCCACAAAGCUCUCUCCCAGAAAAAUUCUGAACUCAUAACAUUCUUUUGGUUAUAAUUUUGCAAAUGAGUAGUUGCAUUAAACUUGAAGUUGAAACAGAAGAUCAAACUCCUCAGAAAUGGUGCAUUUCGUUAGCCGAAGACGUAUUCAAGAGGUUUCUCUCCCAGGGUAGUCCAACAGUGCAUAAGGUGUUUGGAGAAGGAUCACUGUUUAGUCCCUUGUUGUUUGGAAAUUUCUUUGAUCCGUCAGAUGCCUUUCCUCUGUGGGAUUUUGAAUCAGAGAGCUUAUUAUCUAAUCUAAGAAACUCUGGCAAGAGCUCAGUGGAUUGGUUUCAGACAGAUCAGGCUUAUGUACUUAAAGCAGAACUACCAGCAGGAGUGGGGAAAACAAAUGGACAAAUCCAUGUCGAAAAAGGGAAAACUGUGGAAAUUAGUGGACAACUAAAGCAGCAAAGAGAAUCCAAGACAAAGGAUUGGAGAAGCUGCAAUUGGUGGGAAUAUGGAUAUGUAAGGAGGCUUGAACUGCCAGAAGAUGCAGAUUGGAGAAGAUUAGAGGCAUACCUGAGUAACGACGUGAUCCUAGAGAUUAGAAUUCCUAGAAAUCCUUUGCAUACUGAUACUCCUGAAGAUGCAGUUGGCAAAAAUUCAGAGUGAAUGAACAUGAUAAUCUUGACAUAAUGAAAACUUUUAUGUGAUAUAUGACAGCAUGAGACCAUGUAAGAAUAUAGGCCUGAUCAAUUAUCUGAAAUGAAUUGCAGAGAAGAAGGAUCAAGUUGCUUUUAAUGUAAAAAAUUCUUAAUCAACCAACAAACAAACAAUUAAGAAUUGGUAUUAUUCAAUUCUCCCAGACAUUAAGUUUCA